AUGUCGGACUGGGAUCCCGUUGUCAAGGAGUGGCUUGUUGACACGGGCUACUGCUGCGCAGGCGGCAUUGCAAAUGCCGAGGACGGUGUGGUUUUCGCUGCGGCGGCGGAUGACGAUGACGGAUGGUCAAAGUUGUACAAGGAGGACCACGAGGAGGACACAAUCGGAGAGGACGGCAACGUGAACGGCAAGGUGACGGUCAAUGAGGCCUCCACCAUUAAAGCUGCAGUUGAUGAUGGCAGCGCCCCGAAUGGCGUUUGGAUUGGCGGCCAAAAGUAUAAAGUUGUCCGACCUGAGAAAGGAUUCGAGUACAACGACUGCACCUUCGACAUCACCAUGUGUGCACGAUCCAAGGGUGGUGCGCACCUGAUCAAGACUCCGAAUGGCUCUAUUGUCAUCGCCCUCUACGAUGAGGAGAAGGAGCAGGACAAAGGGAACAGCAGGACGUCGGCCUUGGCAUUUGCCGAGUACCUUCACCAGUCUGGCUAUUAA